AUGGCGUCUCUCUUCCGCGCAUACAACGCGCUCCUCAUCCGCCGGCCAAUGCUUGCCCAAUGCGGCACCGCAGCCCUCCUCUUCGGCACAGGCGACAUCAUCGCCCAACAAGCCAUCGAAAAGCGGGGCCUCAGGCGACACGACCUCCUCCGCACCGUCCGACUCACAUUCUACGGAGGCGCCCUCUUCGGCCCUGUCAUGACCUGGUGGUACCAGUUCCUCAACCGUAUCCAGUUUGCCUCGCCCACCCGCGCCAUCAUCUACCGCGUAUGGCUCGACCAGGCUGUCCUCACCCCCUUUGCCGUCGGCGCCUUCUUCACGUGCAUGUCCGUCCUCGAGGGCGUCCCACACGAGGCGUACCCCCGUAUCCAGGCUGCAUACGUCCCGACCAUCCUCCGCAAUUGGGGCGUCUUCAUACCCACACAAAUCAUCAACUUCGCGCUUGUCCCGCAUCAUAUGCGCUUUGUAGUCGUCAGUGUGGUUAGUUUGUUCUGGAACACGUACCUCAGUGCGGUGAAUGCGCGUCAGGCAAGGUUGGAGCAGGAGGAGAGGGAGCAUGAAAAGGUGCCCAUGAAGGAGGUGUAGAGGUCUGCCGUCCCCUUACGUUCAGCCUUUUGACGCGUACUCAUCGCCCUCGCAGUGUUUGUGUUAACUUAUAGAGCACCUAGAUACAUCUAUAUAUCCGCUAUUUUGCAAUCCUUUGGGAUGAAC